CUAACACAACAGGCAGCCAACCAGUUUCGCAUAUAAGCUAUGAAUUCGAGUUACUUACCAAUUAUUAUUUUGCUUUCGAUCGUUGGCCUUCGAUACAAUUCGAUUUGUGUCAAUGCUGCAAACUCGGAUCAAGCUCGCCCAGGCACGCGUUUCAAGCUCCAAAGCCCACCCGGAGAGCCAGAUGCUAAACGAAAUAGUAAUCUAUUUCAAGUCGUCAACGAGUGGAAAUAUAUCGAUUUCGAAUAUCCGACAUUUGUCGAAAGACAAUUGGCGAUCAAAAAUGGCGACUUUGUGAUAAAAAAUAAUUUGCCCUUGGGCAUUGAUGUGUUCAAUAACCGUCUGUUUAUAACAACGCCACGCUGGAAGGACGGUGUUCCGGCCAGCUUGGUCACCGUGCCCUAUCCGACCAAGGAGAUAAGUCCCCCGGUCCGGCCCUAUCCAUCGUGGCAGGCACACAGCAGCCCCUACAAUCCGGACUGCUCCAAGCUAAUAUCCGUCUAUCGCACCGCAGUCGAUGUCCAAUGCAAUCGACUGUGGGCCAUCGACUCGGGCAUCGUGAACGCUACGGUCAGACUGAAUCAGAUCUGUCCACCGAAAAUCGUGGCCUUCGAUUUGAGCAGCGAUGAGAUGAUUGUGCGCUAUCCACUGCCCGAAUCGCAGGUCAAACAGGACUCGCUGCAUUCGAAUAUUGCGGUGGAUAUACGGAAUGGCGACUGUCUGGAUGCCCAUGUCUUUGUCACGGAUGUCUGGAGAUUCGGCAUCGUUGUCUAUAGCUUGGCAAAGAACCGAAGCUGGCGCGUGACCAACUACAAUUUCUCGCCCAAUCCGGUGGCAUCCGAUUUCAAUGUCUACGGCUUGAACUUUCAGUGGCUGGACGGCGUGUUCGGCAUGAGUCUAUCGAAUGGACCCAGAAGCUCAGAUCGAGUGCUCUAUUUCCAUCCGAUGGCCAGCUAUAAGGAAUUCAUGGUGUCCACAGAUCUAUUACUGAACGAAUCCCUUUGGACUGACGGCACUCUGGACACAUCGAAGCUGUUUGUUCCGAUCGGCGAUCGGGGCUUCAAUGGCCAAUCCUCCACUUCUGGCAUCGCUCGCAAUGGAGUUAUGUUCUUCACCCAAGUCCAUCGCGAUAAUGUUGGCUGUUGGGAUACAAGCAAGCCAUAUACCAGAUCCAACCUGGGCAUGCUUCUGGACCCUGCUGAAAACUCCACACUGAUUCAGUUCCCCAACGAUCUAAAGGUUGAUCACGAGCCGCGCCAAGGUGUUUGGGUCAUGAGCAAUCGUUUGCCCAUUUACCUGUACAGUCAGCUCGACUACAGUGAUAUCAAUUUUCGUAUCCUAAGAGCCGAUGUCGAUGGCAUCAUUGCGUCGUCAAUAUGUAAUCCAAUGCUCGAAUCAGUCACAAAGUCGGAAAAACUCGCCAUUGUCUCCAUUGAAGAGGGUCAGUGCUAUUAGCAGAUAAUAUAUGGAAUGAAUGGAUAUCAAAAUAAAUA